AUAUAUCAAUUAUUCAGCUCAUUGAGACAAAAAAGAGACUCACCAUACUUAGGUGUUUAUACAGCUACCCCGAUCUGCUCGAAAAUGUUAACCAAUCUUAUUCAGUUCUUCCCUGCCGUCGAUUUUCACUGGCUGAGAUCAAGACAGCUACCAAUAACUUCGAUGAUAAUUUAGUAAUUGGUGAGGGUCGUUAUGGGAAAGUUUACCAGGGGUUUAUUGACGACCGUUCCAUAAGCGUUGCAAUAAAGGGUGUGAAUAUCAUCAAUUCAUGGCGGAGAUUUCACGAGUUAAGGACCGAGGUGCUGGUGCUUUGCCAGCUACGCCACCCUAACCUUGUCCGUCUCAUCGGAUAUUGUUUCGAAGAUGAACAAGAGGGGUUCCUUGUCUACGAGUUCAUGGUCAAUGGAAACCUCGCGAGACACCUCUAUGCCACUAACCUCGAUCACGAUCCGGUCCCGUGGAAACGAAGACUACAGAUUUGCGUUGAUGUGGCACUUGGGCUGCACUGCCUUCAAACUGGGCUGAAGCAUUCUAUCAUCCACCGUGAUGUGAAGCCGACCAAUAUUCUGUUGAACGAGAAAUGGGAGGCCAAGUUGUCAGAUUUCGGGUUGUCCAAGAUGGGUCCCCCGAGUUUGUCAAAGGCUUUAAUUAGGAUCGAAACUAAUAGAAUUGUGGGUACUUACGGUUACAUGGCUCCUGAGUAUGCCAUGAAUGGGGUGCUGACUGAUAAAUCCGACGUCUACUCUUUUGGUGUGGUACUGCUGCAACUACUCAGUGGAAGGAAACCAUCUGAACUGGUAGAACAGAUGAAUCUGGUUAGUUGGGCUCGAAAAUGUAAACAAGAAGGGACCAUCAAUGAGAUAAUUGAUCCGUAUCUGAUGGGGAAGAUAGCUCCAGAGUGUUUUAUGGUAUACGUUGACAUUGCCACUUCUUGCGUGCGAAAUCAAGCCGAACGUCGACCCACCAUGGGUGAAGUGCAGGUACGCCUUGAACAUGCACUGGAGCUACAAGAUAGCGCAGAUGCUGCUACUGGUGAUUGUAACUAUUGUUUUGAUGAAUAUACCUGUAAUGCUUCUUCGGGAGACGCUUCUCCAAUUGAUACGUGGUGGAAAACAGCUUUAGGGAGCACCACAUCUGCUGAAGAAUUGUCCUUGGAAACCGCAAUGGCAAAUGGUCAAAUAUGAUUAACCACAAACAAUUCACAGGUAUGUGUUUUUUCAGUUUUUGGAUUGGUUUUGUCUUUAUAUUGUCUUUUAUUACUGAUGGAGUUUAUGGUCUGUGUAAUUGCUGAGAAAAUGUGGCAAAAGAGACACAAACUUUUCCUUUACCUAAAGUUAUUGGGAUGGGGAAUCCUGAUGUUUAAAUAGUUUAUUGCGAUAUUUUUAUUCCUAUGCUAUGUAAUACUCCUUGUACUGAGUCGUUCACUAUGGAAUUCAUCACUAAGUUGAUAUU